AUGAUCGCACAGCGGGGCUUUGCCAGCUCUAGCGCGCAAUCAUCCGACAAGCUCAUGGUUCACCGCGAUACGGACUACAACAACCCUUCUAUUCCCUUUGAAUUCAACACAGAAACGCUGAAGCAGGCGGAGGAGAUCAUCUCUCAUUAUCCACCUCAGUACAAGAAAGCAGCGGUCAUUCCUCUGCUCGAUUUGGGCCAAAGGCAGAACUCGGGCUGGGUAUCCAUCAGCGUGAUGAACUAUGUAGCGAAGUUGCUGGAGAUGCCACCCAUGCGCGUGUACGAGGUUGCUUCCUUCUACACGAUGUUCAAUCGUGAGCCCGUCGGCAAGCACUUUGUUCAGCUCUGCACCACCACACCUUGCAUGCUUGGUGGCUGCGGCAGCACUUCCAUUCUCGAGACCAUCGAGAAGCAUCUCGGCAUCAAGCAGGGUCAGACUACGGAUGACAAGCUCUUUACGUUGAUCGAAGUCGAAUGCCUGGGCGCUUGUGCAAACGCACCCAUGAUGCAGGUCAACGACGACUUUUACGAGGAUCUGACGCCGGAAACUACAAUCAAGGUGCUGGACGCAUUGAGGAAUGGCCAACCGAUCAAGCCCGGUCCUCAGAGCGCCAGACACUCGAGCGAGCCCGCAAGUGGAAGGACGGCGCUCGUCUCAGAGCCUUACGCGACUCAGCAUAAUGUCCAAGAAUUCGCGUAG